ACAGACGGCAGAGACAUGGUGCCAGCCGGUUGAUCAGCUGGAGAAACUUUGGUAGUUUGAGUUUUCCACCUGACGUUUGGAGAAGAAGAAGGAGAGGACAGGAGGUGAUAACGAUGAUGAUGAAGGUUUACCUGCUGAUAUGGGCUGUCGGUGCUGCAAUCAUUUUAUCCAUGGGAGAUGAAGAUGUUUAUUCUAAUGACACAGAUGAUGAAGAUGAUUACUAUGAUGACACAGAUGAUGAAAAUGAUGAAGAUGAUUCAUUCAGUGGCAGUGGUGAAUCAAACGUCUCCCUAUUCAUACCUGAAAACCUUUGGACACUCUUCCAACUAUGGCGAGAUGAAGACAACCUGUUGAAUCUUUCCUCCUCAGUGUUUCCCAACUGGUGCAACCACAGGGUCCAGAUUUCUCCUCAGUCAUCAGUUCAAGAUGCCACAGACAAUUCAUUGAUGGGAGCUGUUGCUGAAAAUGGAGUUGAAGAAGAUCACACCACCAAGGACUCCUCCUCCUCCACAUCUAACCUCAACCCACUCUGUCUUCUGGUCUAUAUUCUCUUAGCUUUGUUCAAACCAGCAGGUCCGUCCUCUGUCUCUACCUGCUCCAGCCUUCCCUUCAUCCUCAGCAAAUGCUUUACUGCAUCACAACAACCAGAUGCAACCAAAGCAUCUCAGCUGAAAGAACGCUACUUCCAAGGCACCCUCAUGUGCUCCCAGCUAGGUGUUUCCUACAGAGCGCCUGGUGUUUUCAGCAGGGAAAAAAUCACCCUGGUGGGCACCACCCCGUAG